CUCUACUGCUACUGACGUCAUCGAGCAAAACAAAUUUGGUCACCAACUUGUGUUGUGUUCGCACUGGUCGGAGCUUGUCUUCACUCAAACAACACAAAUAACAAGAGCAACAACAAACCCCAAUAUAACAAUCACCACAACAACAACAACCAACACCAUCAUCACAAUAUACCAAACAACAACAAAGAAAAAAAAAAACAUAGUGGAAAAGGGGUCCGACUGAUCAGCGAUAUUAAUGCUACAACAAAUUACUUAAGCAAUCCGGCAAUUCUGGCAUCGUCUUCAGAAUCAGAAGACGGUGGAGUUUCUCCCCCACCGCCCAAAAAGCAACGAGUCUCAGCCGCUAACAUGCAGUCGAAUGGCUGCCCUCAGCACAAUGGAGAGAGCGAGGAGAUAGCGUCGACUUCCCGACAGAACGGUUCUUGUUCUGCCACGGCAAAUGGUGAGGUGGCCACACUAGAAGAUAGACAACAUCUUUUGAAAACCAUGUCCCAGGCGGAUCAAGACGUAGUUCGAUUAAUCGGCCAGCAUCUCCGUGGGCUCGGCUUGAAUCGUACUGUGGAGUUGUUGAUGUCGGAGUCUGGAUGUAUGUUGGAACACCCCGCUGCUGCGAAAUUUCGGGGGCAUGUCAUGGAUGGUGAAUGGGAAAAGGCUGACCAUGAUUUGAAUGAAUUGAAAAUGUUGAUUGAAGAUAGCUGUCAGACAACUUUGAAGAUGAAAUUUCUUAUUCUUGAACAGAAGUAUCUUGAGUUCUUAGAAGAAGGCAAGAACUUGGAUGCAUUACAGUGUUUACGACAUGAAUUAACGCCGUUAAAAUUUAAUACUGAACGUGUGCAUGAACUUAGUACGUAUAUGAUGUGUAAUAAUCCACAAGAUUUAAGAGAAACAUCCGAUUGGGAAGGGAAAGGGAUUGUUUCCAGACAAAAACUUAUUGAAAAAUUACAAUCUUUUCUUCCACCCACUGUGAUGCUACCCCCUCGUCGAUUACAGACUUUACUUAGCCAGGCUGUAGAACUUCAAACAGAUCAAUGUUUGUACCACAAUACCAAACUUGACAACAAUCUUGAUGCAGUCUCUCUCCUCAUAGACCACACUUGUAAUAGGGAUCAGUUUCCUUGUAAUACUAUUCAAAUAUUGAAUGACCAUUGUGAUGAAGUAUGGUUUUGUCGAUUUUCUCCGGAUGGCACAAAAUUAGCUACAGGUUCCAAGGAUGGUACUCUCAUUAUCUGGGAUGUUGAUAUGUAUACGUUUGAAGUAUUGAUGCGUAGAGCAUAUGAAGGUCACUCCUAUGGUGUAUCAUAUAUAGCAUGGCAUCCAGAUAGUAAAUACAUCAUUGCUUGUGGUCCAGACGACUGUGCUGAAGUUUGGUUAUGGAAUGUUGAGACUAGUGAAUUGAAAGCUAAAAUGAGUCAAUCUCCUGAAGAUAGUUUAACCAGUGCUGCGUGGCAUGCAGAUGGCAAAGAAUUUUUCACAGGAGGCACUAGAGGACAAUUCUACCAAUGUGAUCAAGAUGGCAAUUUUUUUGAUAAUUGGGAAGGUGUUCGAGUCCAGUGCCUUGCAUGUCAACACGAUGGGAAAGCUGUUUUAGCUGCUGACACCCACAAUAGAAUAAGAGGCUACAAUUUUGAAGAUAAAUCAGAUUUUCAUAUAUUACAAGAAGAUCAUCCUGUUAUGUCCUUCACUUUAGAUGAAACUGGAAAAUUAGCUUUAUUAAAUGUGGCCACUCAGGGAGUCCAUUUAUGGGAUCUUAAGGAUCGCUGCCUUCUUCGAAAAUUUCAGGGUGUUACCCAGGGAUUCUAUACAAUACAUUCUUGUUUUGGUGGAUUAAAUCAAGAUUUCAUUGCCAGUGGUAGUGAAGAUCAUAAAGUUUAUAUUUGGCACAUUCGAAAAGAAGUUCCAAUAACUGUGUUGGAAGGACACACUAGAACUGUCAACUGUGUACACUGGAAUCCUAAAGUGCCUAGCAUGUUAGCCAGUGUUUCAGAUGAUGGAACGAUUAGAAUAUGGGGACCUCUUGAUAAAACCAAAAAAGAUAACGAAUCUGGUCGAAGUACACCUGUAUAAUGAAGGAUGAAGUGUAAAUGGUUAUUCAAAAGAAAUUUUUUUUACCAUUUUUUUUACUCCUCCCACCACCUCCUCCUUCAUUAUUUGAUAAAUAAGAAGCAUUUAUAACUAACGCUGCUCCUCCUCCUCCUCCAGCUCUCCCCCCUCCCAUUUGAUCAUAACUUAAGAACACGAGUGUGAAUUAAGUAAAACUGCAAUUAGUCCUCCUGUCUAUCAACUGUUUGUUGGGCUUUUGCUGUAAAGGAGUAUGAUUUAAAUUUUUUUUUUUAUCAAAUCUUAAAUCUGGAAAGGUAACUUGUACGAGUUUUUUAAAAAGGACAAAAGAUUUCACAGCAUCUACAGCGACACAUAACAAAAAAAAGUUUACAAUUCACAUAUACACAAAGAAAAAAAAAAAUGAAACCAAUUUGUUUUUUUUUUUUAAAAAAGAUACUCUUUAAACAAUUUUUUUUUUUUUUUUUUUUACAUCUCUCUCCUCUCUUACCAUCAUUUCAAUUUGAGCUGCUCAGCUCUGUCGGAACCUGUACUGUGAGCAAAAAAAAAAAAAAAAAGCCAAGUUGUGAUGUUGGCAUGAGGAAUAUGAAAAUGACACAAACACCACCCCCAACCAACACUAUCACCACCCACGACAAAAACAAAAAAUAACACCAAAAAAAAAAAACCCAAACAAAUCGAAACUAGACUGACCAAUAAAAUUGACCAAACAAGACAUGCAAAAAAAAAAAAAUAUAAAAUAUAUAAAGAAAUAAAAGGUAGAAAUUGCCUCCUACCUCCAUUCUACACACCACCAAUUUUAAUUAAACACAACAGCCCCUAUUGCAAUAACAGCAAACAUUUAAAUAAAGCAUAAAGCAAAAAAAUAAAUAUAUACAAAGAGAAAGAAAAAAAAAAUGAACAAGAAUUUGACUGAAAGUUUUCCCUCCUCUCCCAGUCUGCUGCCAGGAAGAA